CUGAGAAAAAUUCCGGAGAACACCUCCGUGUCUCGUUUAUUCCCCAUUUUGUCCCCAGCCUCUCCGCCGCUCCGCUCCUCGCCGACGAAACCCUACGUGCACGUUGCCACCGUCCUCGCCUCCACGUGCACCCGGGAUGUACGCCGACAGGGUCUCCGGACGGAAGCGCUCCGUCAGGGACCGCCUCGGCUCGGGAGGCGGCGGCCGAGGCUCUCGCCCGCGGUCUGACUCCGCGAAAAGGUUUCGCCAAGUUGAUGGGACUUGGAGGCGUGAGCUCUACAAGGAUUCUGUAGGAAUCCAAAGUUCAUCUGUACCUGCUUCCAGAAAUCUUCAAGCAAUCCAAAAAUCACAUAUGAAGCAAAGCAUUGUGGAUGUGAAGAAAUCAUCAUUUCCAGAUCUUCGCGAAAAGUUAUCUGGUGGCCAGUGCCCUCAACUCAGUAGUACAGUUCAGAUCCCAAAACCUGCAGCUGAGAUUGCUAAGAGUUCUAAGCCUGUUCAAAAGAAACAGAUCCCUGCUGCUGCCCCUGCUGUUGCUGCCCGUCCUAUCACUGAACAAGUAAAUGCACCAGCUGCACCAAAGCAAUCCCAGGAAAAGGCUGAUGCCUCACUUGACAGAUUGCUGAAGUCUCUUGAUCUGGAGAAGUAUUCCAUAAAUUUCCAGGCUGAAGAGGUUGAUAUGAAAGCAUUGGUUCACAUGAAUGAGGAAGAUAUGAAGUCAUUAGGAAUUCCAAUGGGCCCUCGGAAAAAGAUACUAUCAGCACUGGCUUCGAAGAGAAAGAAGUCCUCAAGAUCAUUACCGCCUACCAGCUGAAUGCAUCGUAAGCCGUGGUUAGUUAGACUACUUGUCAUCCUGCAGAGUAACUUAUGGCGGGCCAGAUUCCUACCUACCUAGACUAUGUAUAAAUGUAGAACUCCAUGAUCUCGGGGUGGUGUUGUAAUGCAAGAUAACUAACAGUUCAUGGGAGAGCUGCUCCAUCUGUUACCUAGAAUAUUUGGAUGCUAGUUUACGAUGCCUUUUGGGAUUGUUUCCCAUGUACAGCAGACCCAGCUGCUGCCUAUUAUUAGUCUUGACAGUGGAGUUAGGGCGAUGAACAUCGCCAUGUUAUUCAUACUAACUGGCUGGA